AUGGCAGCGCCCGAGGUUAAAAGCUGUUGUACGUGUCUUGGUAAAAUCAACGGCAAAAACUAUCGCCAAGUCAGUUCAUCUGCAAGCAGAUAUCAAUAUAACGAUAUUUUUGCAAGUAUUAACGUUUCACCUACUGGAUUUUGUUGUAACUUGUGUGUGAAUAUUCUUAAUAGAAUCCGAAAAUGCACUGAGGAUGAAACGACAAUCGGUCGUAAAUUAGCGGCCGAGAAAAGAGAACUUUUGCAAAAGUUUGAGCAAUUGCCAGGUGUUGUAAAAGCACAAUCAACGCAACAUGUUACUCCAACUGCAUCAAAACCAGGUUCAACAAAGCGUACAAUUUCUUCACCAAGUGGUGUUACACCAAAAAGUAAGAAGUCUUUGUUUCGAACACCACAGAAGAUCACAACCCCAAAGAGACCUAGCAUUACUCACUGUGGACCAAAAAUGGUGGAUGCAAGCACAGAAACUGUGACUACAUGUACAAGAAAGCCAUUUGAUGUGAAGGUACACAUUGAAAUAUUAGGAGAUAACUUUACCAUUACCAUUUCACCAUCACAUAUGACUAUGGAAAAACAGCGGAAAAGUCUCCACUGGUUCUUAACUAUGGUAAAGCAAAUCAGAGUGACAUAUGAACAUCUAAACUUGCCAACACCUGUUCCUCAGCAGCAGCCCAUUCUGGAAAUACCUCCCCAUACUUGGGUCCCUUCAGUUGCCCAAAUGGAAUCACUGGAACAGAACUUUAUUUUCCAUAUUUCAAAGGUACUUCUCAAGUACUUUGAAUUUCUGCAACCAGUGAAGGAUGUAUAUCCAGCAUAUAUAGACCACCCUUAUACAGAAAUAACAAAAAAGAAAUCAGUGAUAUUCAACUGUGACCUAAUUGACUCAAGUGAAAAUUCAUCCCAAGGUAUGAUCAAUAUUUUGCAAAAGGUGCAUGAAUUGGUUGUUCCUCAUUCAGAUGGCAGAGUAGUGCAAAAACUUGUAUUUGGAGGAGAUGUCCUUACUAAUGAAAGGGCUUUCUCGGCACAGCAGGCAAUGCAGAAUGGUGAUACAGAGUUUCACUGUUUGUUUGGAAUUGUACACAAACCAGAAGGACUUCACAGAGAAUUCAACUUCCUAUUAGUAAUAAGGAGUUAAAAUUUGGACUGUUUGUUAUUAUUAGUUCAUGUAAGUUUGGUUUCAGUUACCUUGGUUGAAUUAAGUUUUAUUUCUUGUUUACAUUGAAACAAAACCUGCAUUAUAAAAAUUGUAUUUCUUCAUAAAGGCCAAUUAUGACUCUGAAAUAUUUUUUUUUACUUCUUUAAAAAGGGUUAACAUGAAUUUUAUAUAAAAGUAAACAAAAAAUUAAAAAGCUUUGAGUAAUGAAAUUAAAAUGAUUUCUUAGGUUCAUGUAUA